AGAGGAGAGAAAUGAUGGUCCUUUGGCUGCCUUUAAGAGGCGUCAUCAACCUGGAGCCUGGGAGAACCUGAAAGAGGUAAAACCUGAGAUGCUGACUCAGUAAGAGCCUGGGCAGCAAGGCUCAUUUGGGAGCUGUGAUAUUCACGUUGACUCUAGUGAAAGUCCAACGGCCAAUCGCCUUUUGGCCUCCAACCGGACACCAUGAAGGCCUGUGUUCCCCUGAUAGUGGCCGUGCUCUGCGGCCUGGCCUGGGCUGCUGAUGAGGACCUCAACGAGCCUGAGCCAUUCCUGGAGCUGGAAGAAGAGAUGGAGGGGGCCCCGGCUAGUGACUUGUACUCGGCACCCAACUCCUGCCGGGGCCGCUGCCUGGAAGCCUUCGACAAGCACCACCUAUGCCACUGCAACGCCCGCUGCCCAAAGUUUGGAAACUGCUGCGAGGAUUUCGAGAGCCUGUGUGGCCGUGAGGGUUUCUCCCACACCAGCGAUGCCAUAACGAAGGGGGAAACGCAGAGCAUCUCUGAGAAGAUCUAUAGGGCAGAUACCAACAAAGCCCAGGAGGAAGACAUUGUUCUCAAUCGCCAAAAGUGCAUCUCGCCCUCGGAGGCCAGAGACCAAGUAGACCGCUGCCCAGAGCCGCUCUUCACGUAUGUCAAUGAGAAGCUCUUCUCCAAGCCGACCUACGCCGCCUUCAUCAACCUCCUCGACAACUACCAGCGGGCCGUGGGCCGCGGGGAGCACUUCACAGCCCAGCAGCUGGCUGAGCAGGACACCUUCCUCAGCGAGGUUAUGAAGACGGCCGUCAUGAAGGAACUCUACGGCUUCCUCCACCAGCAGAACCGCUACAGCACAGAACAGGAGUUCGUCAACGACUUGAAAAACAUGUGGUUUGGGCUGUAUUCAAGAGGCAAAGAAGACGGGGACUCAGGCGGCUUUGAACAUGUCUUCUUAGGUGAAGUCAAAAAAGGCAAGGUCUCUGGCUUCCAUAACUGGAUCCACUUCUACAUGCAGGAGAAGGAGGGCCUGGUUGACUAUUACAGUCACAUCUGUGACGGGCCCGGGGAUUCUUACCCCAGGGUGCUGGCCUUGCAGUUCAGCUGGGACGGCUACUACAAGGAAGUGGGUUCAGCUUUCAUCGGCAGCAGCCCCGAGUUUGAGUUUGCCCUUUACUCCCUGUGCUUCAUCGCCAGGCCAGGCAAAGUGUGCCAGUUAAGCCUGGGUGGACAUCCCUUGGCCAUCCAGACCUAUACCUGGGACAAGUCAACCUACGGAAAUGGCAAGAAGUACAUCGCCACAGCCUACGUGGUGUCUCCUACCCAAUAGAGCUUCGAGCUAGAAAGGGGCGUGAGGGCAGUGAGAGCUCUUGUCGGACUGAGAUGCUAUUUGCUCUGCGCUGGAGGGGGAGGGAAUGGAGGAGACUGGGAGGGACUCCCCAAUCCAGAAAUGCCCAUAUGAGAAAGAGAGAAAAUGAUACAAAUUAGAGAAACAGUCACAUCUUUGUCCUCCAGCAUUUUGGAAACAGAAGGUGGGGACCCUCAAUAGCUCUUUGCCCUGCUGGGAGGUGGAACCCUGAAUAAGUCCUUGAGGUCUCCAGGCCUCAUGUUUCCUUUUAAUGCAAAGGGAAGGGGUUUGCCCCAUUUCCUCUUUUGGGGGUUGGUGAGAAGGCAAACCUGAUGACAUUCUUACUGUGAAGAUGUUUUCAAUUGUUCUUAG